UUUCACUUGUACCAAUAGUAACGCAAUGAAUUGAAAUUAAUCUCUCUAGUUCCAAAAUUGAACUCUAUUCUGACUCUUUUUCUUAUUUUUGGUUUCCUACUUAUAGCUACAUUCUUUAUUCAUUAUAUGUGAUAUGUUGAAAGUUUUCAGAAACGAAACUCCAUAAUAUUUAAUUGUAAUUAGAGCCUCGACGAGGGCAAGAGAAUGAACAAAACCAGCGAACAAUUGGAGACAUGGCUCUUUUACAAUUUAGUAGGGUUUAUCGACACCACACAUAAAUACUUUCAUUUAACCCUACUAUGAUUUCUGUAAUUGGUCAUGUCUCUAAUAUCUGAAGACCACUAAAGAAGGUAUGAAAAUGGAUAGUGCCACAGAAAAUUGGGAUCCAGCUCUUAUUAAAUUGUUGACAUCAUUGAAAGAGGUACAAUCUGAUGGAGAGGAUGUUGCCUUCUUAAGUGAACUUUUGCAGUCCAAGCAACUCCAUGCUUUGGUACAGGCUCAUAAUAAAAUUGUUGCAAAUGGUAAAGAUGAUAAAUUUUAUCCACUGCUCUCGAAUGCUAUGCAGGUUACACUUGAAGUAUUUCAAAUGCUAGCUGAUGUUAUUUCUGUAUCUAAAGAGUAUGAGGAAUUAUUAAGCCUCUUACAAAAACCACAUUUUCAGGCUAUUCUUUGCACUCAUGAUGCUGUUGCCCAAAAAGAUUAUUACCCUCAUCUUCCCGAUGUGCCAUCUGAUGCAGAUGAUGAAGAGGAGACGGUUAAAAUUGUUCAGCUUGUUAAAAGUGAUGAACCCUUGGGUGGAGCUCAGAGCGCAGAGCCAAUUGUGGGGGCAACUAUAAAAACUGAUGAAGAAACUGGAAAGAUUGUUAUUGCCCGAGUCAUGCACGGUGGAGCAGCAGAUCGGUCUGGCUUGAUUCAUGCGGGUGACGAAGUUAUAGAGGUCAAUGGUAUCAGUGUCGAAAAUAAAACUCCAUCUGAUGUUCUGGCAAUUUUGCAAAGUUCAGAAGGAACAAUCACUUUUAAAUUGGUUCCUUCAUUUGGUAAAGGAGGUUCCAGAGAGAGCAAAGUACGGGUCAGAGCUCUGUUUAAUUAUAAUUCAUCAGAUGAUCCAUACAUACCGUGCAAAGAAGCUGGGCUAGAUUUCAAAAAGGGUGAUAUUUUACACAUUGUAUCACAGGAUGAUGCUUACUGGUGGCAAGCUCGUCGGGAAGGUGAUAGAGUAAUGAGGGCCGGUUUGAUUCCCUCACGAGCAUUACAAGAAGGACGCAUUAUUCAUGAGAGACAAACGGAUCCUCAGACGAUGGAUGGCAACCCAGCCUUGUGCAGCCCAGCCACAGCCAGUUCAGAUUGUGGUCCUAAAACGCCUUGCUCACCUAAUCCUACCGCUACUGCCUUAUUGCCAUGUAAAUCUACUCCAAAAGUUAAGAAAAUAAUCUAUGAUGUUAAGGAAAACGAUGAUUUCGAUCGGGAAAUAAUACCAACAUAUGAAGAGGUAGCCCGCUUGUAUCCAAGACCGGGAUUGAUAAGACCUAUAGUGCUUGUAGGAGCUCCAGGGGUUGGCAGAAAUGAGCUUCGUCGAAGACUCAUAGCAACUGAUCCUGAAAAAUAUGUGACACCCAUACCAUUUACAUCACGACCUCAAAAAGCUAGCGAACAAAACGGAAAGGAGUAUGUUUUUGUAAGUCGUGAAAAAAUGGAACAAGACAUAUCGGAAGGGAAAUUCAUUGAACAUGGAGAGUAUAAAGGGAACCUUUAUGGUACUUCAGCGGAGAGUGUGGAAAGCAUUGUUAAUUCAGGUCGGGUAUGUGUGAUAAGUCCACAUUGGCAAGCGCUAAAGAUGCUGCGAACACCUCGGCUGCGGCCAUACAUCGUGUUCAUACGACCGCCAUCUCUCGACCGGCUCGUUGAAACACGAACAUCAGCGAAUGCUCGUUCAACCUUUGAUAAGGAUAGCUCACGAUCGUUCACAGAUGAGGAAUUCAACGACAUCAUACGUUCCUCAAACCGUAUAAAUUUCCUAUAUGGUUACAUGUUUGAUGAAGAGAUCGUAAACGAGGAUCUUGCCAGCGCCCUGACGCAGCUUCUGAAGGCCUCAUGGAAGGUACAGUCGGAGCCGCUGUGGGUCCCAGCGUCGUGGGUCCAGUAAACAAAUUUACAAUUAUCUUAUUGUCGUUUUAUAUAUAUUCAUCUAGAUAUUUCGUUGUUUAUUAAAACGUAUUA